AUGAAGCAAAUAUCUGGUUUUUACGAAACAGAUACCCACAAGAAGUUUUUGCAGCCAUUUUCGAUUUCCUGGCCUAUACUAACUUCAUUAGACCUGAUCACCGCAGCUAUCACCACUUUGAAGGAGAGAAAUGGCUCUAGUCGUCAGGCCAUCAAGAAGUACAUCUUGGCAAACUCCAAGGCUGCCACGAACUUUGACUCCCAGUUCAACCUCGCGUUGAGACGUGGUGUUGUCGCCGGCUACUUUGUCCAACCAAAGGGUGCAUCCGGCCCAGUCAAGUUGAACAAGGUUCCAUCCAAGCCAGCCCCAAAGAAGGUUGUUGCCAAGAAGGAGGCCCCAAAGAAGGUGGCUAAGCCAGCUGCCAAGCCCACCCCAAAGAAGGUGGUCAAGGCUGCUCCAAAGAAGGCCGCCCCUAAGAAGGUGGUCAAGAAGACUGUCCCUAAGAAGGCUGUCCCUACGAAGGCUGCACCAAAGAAGGCUGCACCAAAGAAAGCCGCCCCCAAGAAGGCUGCUCCUAAGAAGGUCGCUCCAAAGAAGGAGACCAAGCCAGCUGCUAAGCCAGUGAAGAAGGCUGCUCCAAAGAAGGUCGUUUCCAAGGUGACGAAGCCUGCUCCAAAGAAGGUUGUGAAGAAGGUGGUGAAGAAGGCCAAGAAAUGA